AUUAGUAUCCCGGAAAAUUUCAUCACGGAUGGAGAAAAACCGACUAAAACGUUUGACAUCGGCACUAUCAAUCUCGCUGAUCAGUUCAAGGGAGAGACCACUGAUUGCAUUAUGAGGCCGGAAUUCUUGCUAAUAUUCGCACUUAUUCCGUCAUGUACUGCCCUUCUCGGCAUCAUUGGGAGAGAGCAAUCAGUAGCCGUCACCGGUCGACUUAUCUGUGAAGGAAGACCAGCUGGUGAUGUCAAAGUGAAACUGUACGACAAGGAACUGUUAUUCGAUAGCAAGUUGGACGAAGUUCGAACAAAUAGGAACGGAGAAUUCAGAGUGUCCGGACACAAGAGGGAAAUAACGACUAUUGAUCCGAAAGUGAACAUCUAUCACAAAUGCAACUACAAUGGAUUUUGCUACAAAAAGCUCAGCAUUACCAUCCCGGACAACUUCGUUUCGGAUGGAGCUUUACCACGAGCUACUUACGACAUCGGCACGAUCAAUCUCGCAAAUAAAUUCAAGGGAGAGUCUAUUGAUUGCAUAAAUUGA